UCUCUCUCGAGCAGACUUUUCAAGUGCAGACAACGGGCAGAUUAUCUUUCAGCGGACAAAACCAGCGCACGCACUAGUGCAGGGAGAACGGAGGCACGUACCAUUGACACAGUUUCCAAUCGGGCCGCGUCACUAUAUCAGUGCUACGAUGACUGACCGCUUUGACUGCUUCUACUGCCGUGACAACUUGCAGGGGAAGAAGUACGUCAACAAGGACAGCAAGCAUGUCUGCGUGCGCUGCUUCGACAAGCUCUGUGCCAACACCUGUGCCGAAUGCCGCCGCCCCAUUGGCGCAGACGCCAAGGAGUUGAAUCACAAGAACCGCCACUGGCAUGAGGACUGCUUCCGCUGUGCCAAGUGCUACAAGCCCCUGGCAAACGAGCCCUUCUCUGCCCGGGAUGAUGGCAAGAUCAUGUGUGGCAAGUGCAACUCCCGUGAAGAAGGCGCCCGGUGCCAGGCCUGUUACAAGGUCGUUAUGCCAGGCACCCAGAAUGUGGAGUACAAGAACAAAGUGUGGCAUGAGGAGUGCUUCACCUGCUUCGAGUGCAAGAAGCCGAUCGGCUCUAAUAGCUUCCUGACCAAGGGCGACGACAUCUACUGUGCCCCUUGCCAUGAGAAGAAGUUUGCCAAGCACUGUUUUGGCUGCAAGCAGGCCAUCACCUCCGGUGGGAUCAGCUACCAGAACCAGCCCUGGCACAGCGAGUGCUUUGUGUGCCGCACCUGCAAGAAGGGUCUCGCGGGAGCCUCCUUCACCUCCCAUGAGGACGCCGUCUACUGCGUGGACUGCUACAAGACCUCUGUGGCCAAGAAGUGCAAUGGCUGCCAGAAUGCUAUUACAGGAUUUGGCAGGGGCACCAACGUGGUGAACUAUGAGGGCCACGCCUGGCAUGAGUACUGCUUCAACUGCAAGAAGUGCUCCCUGUCUCUGGCCAAUAAGCGCUUCGUGCUCAAUGGCGAGGACAUCUACUGCCCUGACUGCGCCAAGAAGCUGUGAAGUACCAGUGGGAUAUUAACAGUCCAGUCAGAUGGGAUUCAACACUGAUGAGAUAGCAGUUAACACUUCUUUACAGCAUCUUUAUGUUUAAGCUGCAGUGCAAAAUCAAUGGGCGAUAAAGUGGAGUAACUAGCAAUAAGAUGUACUAUGCAGAUUCAACUGGGAGACGAAUGAACUUAUAAGGGUCAUCUCAAUGCAACAUGUAUAUCUGCAUUUUAACACUCGAAACCAGCAUCAGAAAGAUCUGAUGGCCAUUAACUGAUUAAUGUUUUUUUUUGUUUGUUUUUCAAUUAAUGAGCAGAAGCAAUAUGCUUUUAGAGCUACAAUAAGUCAGUGCUUUUAGUGGCUUUGCUUAACCUCUGAAACUGUUUGUCAUAUUUGAGCAGAGGUUCAACGGAAGAUUUAAGUAACGCAGUCAAAGUGUAGAUGCUAGGCUCACUUAUACACUUCUGUAUGGCAACCAUGUAUCAGUGCUUGUGGAGUGGACUUGUCUGUGUGUGGGAUGCUGCAGUGUGGCUUCCAUCUGAUGAAUAGGGAUGCACCAGUACUUACACAGCAUGAGAAAUGCUAAGAAAAACUAAAUACAUUGUGUUUCACGGAGUUCAAUAAAAUCUACCUUAAACUUUCAAA